AUGUUGGCUGUGCAGGACGAAAUCCCUAUUGGCAGAUUUGGACGACAACACCGAAACUCCGAGGCGAUGGAGCUGGUAGGGAAGAAACCAAGUGAUCACGGGUGGCACAACUUCAGUCACACAGUCGUCUUCUCCCACGGUGGCUUGUCUCCUGAAGGAUGGCAAGAACUCGCAACUGCAGUAUCUGGUAUGGAUAUCCUGAAAAUCACAUCUAUCGUUCUGAAGGAUAUUAGAUUACAAUCUGAAGGGUGCUGUGCGCUGACUGAGAUUGUCCGAACAAGCAAGUCUCUGGACAAGCUGCACAUCCGCCACAGCCCAGGCACCAUCCCCACUGACCCCUUCCGGGAAUUGGCCAAUGCUGUCGCUGGGAGCUCAUCCUUGACGAGCCUGAGCCUUGUAAGGUGCAAUCUGGAGCCUGACGGAUGGAGUUUUGUUUCUGAUAUUGUUCGCCAGACCACACACAUACAAGAGCUUGAUCUCGGGUCAAGCAACGUUGGGUCCGAGGGUUGCGCUGCAAUCGCAGAAGCCAUAAAACGCAACACAAUCUUGAGGUCGCUCACUAUUUCCAAGAAUAUUGGACCGAACGGCCAUCUCGUCCUGGCGGAGGCUCUAAAAGUCAACACUGCGCUUACAACUUUGAAUCUAUCCCACCAUCUCAUUUCCUUGAAAGGUUGGGAAGCGCUGGCGAGAGGAUUAUCAGGGAACAGGUCGAUGACCACACUGAGUCUGCGCGACGCCAUCAUUUGUCCUCGAGGGUGGGAAAUACUCCUGGAGUGGCUCAAAACAGGCAGUAGUCUCAAGAAGAUCAACCUGCAUGGCAAAUCCAGAAAGAAAGACGAAUGGGUUGCCUUCGCCAAGGUUCUGGUGGACAAUGAUUGCCUCACAGAUAUUGAUGUGUCUGGCGACGGACCCAUAGCACGUGGUGCGGAUGUGGUAGAUAUCUUGAGGGCAUUUGCCGAAGCGCUUGACGUAAACACAACAGUUCAACGGAUCCAUUUUCCUGCGGGGAGCAAUACCGCGACGUCAAGAAGGACGUUUCUUCAGUUUCCUGCGGGCUUCGGCAACUCGAGGUCAAGAGGGGCGUGGUCCUCUAUACAACUCAGUCUGCUCCUCAACCGUGCCGGGCGAAAGCGCUUGCUGUGCUCACGAGAUCCCAGUCUGCCGGUGAGAGACAGCGAGUGGGUUGACGCACUGGUCUGCUGUAGCAAUAGCGUCCCCGCGAUAUUUUUCUUCUUGUCUGCAAGGCCCGAGUUGGUUGCCAAGAGCGUUCUGCAGCAAUCUCUUUGA